CUUUGCAAGUAUGGUAACAGUUCUUAAAUGACUUUUAUUCUGUUUUUAUUUAAUCUUUGAUCUUAUUAAUAACAAAACAUUACAAUUCUUUGUUCAUAAAUUUAUAAGUAAUUAACUUUUAAUAAAUAAGCUACGGUUAAAUAUAUUUAUUUGAGUUUAGUUUUCACUCAAAGUUCACUAGUGGGGUUAUGGACACAAGUGUUUACAUUUAAUGUAGUCAGUGCCUCAGUGAAAAACAAAUGAUAUAAAGUACACAGUGCAACCUGUCUUUUGUCAUUUGUUAACAUAUUUUCCUAUAAAACAGAAAUAAAUAAAUUUUUCUGGAGAGCACAGAUAAAUGAAAAUGAGCAGGCUCAAAUUAAUUACAACACCAAUAGACAGUGAAUAUAAUUCAAUUCAAGAAAAUAUGCCUUAUCUGCAAACUAUAAAAGAAGAGAGAGACGACAUGGAAACAUUUUCUAUUUCUGAUUUUAUAGAACCCAAGUCAGAAGUAGGUGAAAUACAUCAGACCAGUUUUACAGCAGAUAAUGAAAGUUAUGACCAAAGUCUUGAAGAAAGCCCAACUAAAAGUAAUCAAAAGGAACAUUCUAACUACCUUACAGAUCCAUUUUUGUAUGUAAAACAAUACUGUGCCAAAUGUAACAAGAUUUUUAGUAUCCACAAAGAUAAAGCAACAAAAGCAUGCCUAAAAUGUGCCUCAAAAGCUGUGUAUGAGUGUAUAAUAUGCAAAAGGAGAUACCCUACCAAAUCACAUGUUUUUAGCCAUCUAAAAACAAGGUUUGAUUGUCGCACUAUGAUUGAUUUACAUUGCUCUCACUGUUCUUACACUAGUAUACACAAAGGCUUUUUAAAAAAUCACUUGUUAAAGAAACAUACAUGUGGAAUAAAUGAAUUAAUAUCAUGUCCUAACUGUGGAAGACAUUUUAAACGUUCAACAAAUGUUGAAGAGCACAUUUUAUCAUGUGGAAAAAAACCUUACUUAGAAUGUAAUUUUUGUAAUUUCAAAACUUCGUAUAGAAUUAGUUUAAAAGUACACAUGAAUCAUCAUAUUUUGGAAGCAGAUAAUGGUUCUGCUAUACUUAAUGAAAAUUUAGACGAGAUAGUUGUAGAUGCUGUAGAGGAAAUGGAAUUUCUGUGGAAACCAGGAGAUUCAGCUCAGAAAAUUGAAAGUAAGAUGACUAAUUCAGAGAAUAAACAGAAAAAUUAUAUUGAUUUGAAUUGCAGGAAUAUCAUUAAAACAUAUUGUUACAAAUGCAAAAAAACAUCUCCAAUUCGAACUAAGAAAUUAAAAAACUGCCCAGAUUGUCAAGAAAACCUGCUUCAUGAAUGUGGAAUAUGUUCUAGUAAAUUCAACACAUUAACUAAUAUAAUUCGUCAUAUUCGUGAUAAACAUGGAGAUACUGAUAUCAAGAAUACUUAUAUAUGUGGAAACUGUGAUAAAAUUUACGAUGAAUAUAAAAAGUCAGUUCGUCAUGAAAAUAUUUGUAGAAGAGCAUAUCCAUGCAAUUUAUGUGCUUUUGUAGCCAAAAAUCCAAGUAAACUAUCAUCUCAUAGAAGUAGAUGGCAUUUUGGACCUGAAAAGGAUUCUCAUCAUCCAUGUCCAAGCUGUGGUCGUCAAAUGAGGUUUUUCAAUUCUAGAGAAGUAGAUGCCCAAUGUGGGCAUUGCAGAUAAAAUUUAAAAUUAUAUAGAUAUUUCCAGAUGUAUUAUCGUAAUUUUAUAUUGAUAACUUGGUAACAUGUUUAGGUUAUAAAUUAACAAUGGGCUCAUAAUUUUUUUUAUAUGAGUUUUAUCAAACAGCUUCAUCAAUAAUAUUUGUACAAUAUUAGUAUGUAAAAAAUUUACUAAUAUUUAUAGA